AAUCGUGUCAUCGAAUCGCAAUGAUCUAAUUCGAAUGUGGUUCGAAAAAGUGCUACCAAGUUUGCGCGUAUCGUUCCUAACUUUACUAAUCUCGUUUGUAAAUUCAGAUCGUGUUAUCAGCCACCGUCUCGCUCGAACAUCUCAGAAAAACGCGAUUGCUCCACUAGUUAAUUACUGAUCAAUCGGAAACGCGUGUCACGAGAUGAAUACACGGCAGUUGAGCGAGCGAAUUCGAAGAUGGAUCUGCGGGCGCGAUGGAACGGGGAAAUUUAUCGCGAAUUGUGAAAGGCGUUGAAGUGAAAGAGAAAGAGAGCAAGAGAACGGCAAGAUGACGGACCUGCUUAAUAUAAGCAGGAUUCAGAAUAUCUGCCUGCUACCGGAAGAUCUGGACAAGCAGGAGGAUCCUCGAACACCGACUUUGAGAAGAGUCAGUUACGGUAUCGUGUUGCCGACCAUUUGUUGUCUCGGCAUCAUCGGAAAUAUCUUGAAUCUCGUCGUUCUCACGAGAAGAAAUAUGCGCGGCACUGCUUACGUCUACAUGAGAGGUUACUCCGCGGCGGCGCUUCUCGCGAUCCUUUUCUGCAUCCCUUUCGCGCUAAGGGUGCUCAUCCAUAAGGAGACCGGGGGAUGGAGUAGCUGGAUCCAGGCCUUCUAUCACGCUCACCUCGAACUCUUUCUCGGGAACGGCUGUUUGGGGGUUGGAGUAAUGAUGCUUCUGGCAUUGACAGUGGAGCGUUACGUAAGCGUCUGUCAUCCCGGCCAACACACGCGACCACUCUGCGGACCACCUCACCUAACAGUGGUGCUCAUCCCUCUAGCUACAUUUCUCGUUUAUCUACCGAGUGUAUUUCGGGGUGAAAUUACGACUUGCCUGCUGGCACCCGACGGUCCUCUAAUCUACCAGAGAAGAGACAAUCAGACAUUUCUCAACUCGUGGUACUAUCAGGUGUAUAAGGUGGUGCUAGAAGUUGUUUAUAAAGUGGCGCCAACGAUCCUUCUCGCCGGUUUCAAUCUAAGAAUAAUGAUAGUGUACAGAAGGUCCUGCGAAAGGCGCCGGAGAAUGACUUUAUCGAGAACUGUCAGCAGUGAUGAGGAUCCUAGAACUUUUGCUGAAGAACGGAGGCUCAUGCUGCUCUUGGGUAGCACCAGUAUCCUUUUUUUAGUCUGCGUCAGUCCUAUGGUCAUCUUAAAUGUUACGCUCAGCGAGAGCAAUCUCAACAAUUAUGCUUACCAGGUGUUCCGUGCUCUGGCCAAUCUGCUGGAAAUGAUCAAUUACUCGAUCACAUUUUACAUUUAUUGCCUCUUUUCCGAAGACUUUCGAAACACUCUAAUUCGUACUCUGCAGUGGCCGUGGGUCAAGAGCGAGCAAGGCGGUAGGAGCCUGCCGAUGAAACGUUCCCCGAUACCUAGACCGACGACUACGACGACAACCCCGCCAACUACUACAGUUGCGACCCCCGGACAUCUGGCUCGUGCCAGCGUUUAACACGGAUUUUUUGCCAUCGAUUCUGGCGUCAACCGCUCGGUCGCCAAGCGGUGGAACAAAAAGGAUUCGAAUCUAGCGCAGGAUUGACGCACUAUGCAACUGUAAACGUCGGGUUUUAUUGUAAGAGAAAAAAAAAACUCUGUUAAAUAGCCAGAUAUUCGAACACGCCGUUCGUUUACGUCGCACGAUUACGUUGGACAAUCUCGUUUGCGUGUGUAUGGGUAUGAUGGUGAUAAUAGUAAUUAAUGAAAGUUUCUUACGGUGAUUAAAUAGCCGUUUAUCGUUUCUUCGGUCGAUAAAAUGUCGGCGGAAAGACAUUCAUCUUCUGCUGGGCGUUUCCUACGAAUCUUCUCAUUCUUACAAGUCGAUUUACAAGAAAGUAUUUGAACUAUGCAUAUUCUCUGUGUACCGGUGAACUCCGAAAUAGUUGCAGAGGCACGGCCAUAUUUACGAAACAUUCCUGCGUACUAGAGCCUAAAGUUGGGCGUGUCUACAAGGUUCUGCUGCUGCAAAAUUUCAAUGUUUGACCACUCUGGGAAUCAAAUCGACCAAUUUGAUUAAAUAGCCGAUAUCCGAUUAUCUCUCCCUCUGUCGAACGAUAUUCUCGCUUGGUGAUCGCGUGAAAGCGUUCGUGAAUGUCCAACUCGAUUUCAUGAAACGACGAGGAUAUAAAAAGACAAGGAAUUCUAUGUAUCGCCGAGUGCCCCACAGGACUCUUUUGUGCUCCAAAGUCCAAGCUGGAAAAGUUUCUAACGUAGUCAAUCGAGUUUAUGCGAAGGAGAGAACAAAGAGCAUGAGAGAGGAGAGAAAUGAGAGCCACGUCGCAAUGUGACGCGAAGAACUCAUCAGAAUUCGCACGAAAAUGCGACAAGACUUGAGCAUCGGAGUCGCGAAUGAUCGUCGUCGCUCGUUGGAAAUUAAACGAGAGCGCUCGGACGAGGUGAGAGAAAAAAGAAGAACGGAUAUAAAAGGGAAAAAUCUGAAAUGUGUCAAGUACCUGAUUGUACAAGGGAAUCUUUCCCGCGAGAAACCACGGGAAUAGCCAGGGUUGAAUCGGGGUGGAAGAGACCGUGUCAAGAGAGAGAAUCCGGAAUCAUCAGAAACGGAAGACGGGAGGCGCACAAAAGGCAUACUGCAGCUCUUACGGACAUUUAAAAUAACGAAUAACAUCGAGAAAUAUUUUAUCGCCGCUCCGAUGAAUCAUCGUGAUUUAUUUCCGUGUGAGUGCUGUAUAAUUAAGCGCCAACCGAGCGCCAGUGAGAAUUACGUCUCGUCUUCGCCGCGUUAUCGGCAUUAAUCUUUUACACACCGCGAUGUAUCUUCGACGUCGAUAAGCUACGUUCGAUUAGACUUAAGCAAUUUAUGUAUAGCGCUCGAUAACGCUUCCCAUUCCACGUUCCCCGGGACGAGAAUUGAAUUUCAAGGAGGUUCGCGUAUUGAAGGAACGAAAAGAGCGUAUCACGAUGCGAGAACGAACGGGCGAUACGAAACUACUAAUCUCACCUUUUGGAUCUAACGAAAGGAUCGCUGCUGGCUACGAUAAUAAUAUUCCAUCGAACUCUCUCCGAAAUAAACCGCUACCUCUUGAUUACAUCGCGUUCCGAAAAUAGAUGCUGCACUCCAGAGAGAUAUUCUCAUUUCUUCGGGAAAUCGAUAAUUAAAUUCGUCGCAACGGGUCCGUCCGCGUUUGCGGUUCGAUGGUGAUAUUAUUUCGCUUUAUUUGCAUACGUAAAUCCCAAUGAAGAAUAUUUUGCGACGUGUACCUCCCUUUCCGGAACGCGACGCGUCUCGUUUAGUAACUUCAGCGAAGCGCGCGUGUAAGCGAAGAAAUAAAUUCAGAGAAACGUC